UCAUCAUCGCCGUCGUCGCCGUCGUUCAACAACGUGCUUCAUCGUUUAUGCGUGUGCUUUAAGCCACUGGGUUCAACUUCACUCUUUUAGUUGUUGCCCGUCCAAUCUUUUUGUCGCUUCGCUCCUUCUUUCGCUGCUGAUAUUUUGACCGUGCUUGGAACCAACCCACGCAUCUGAACGGAAGUUUUAUUCCCACUUUCUUCCUUUGCAUUGGCUCCCUCGAAAUUCUCGAGAGACAGCACCUUUUGGUCUUAUUUCCCAUAAUCACUUCGAAUCAAGGGCCAGCUCCCGAUUCAAUAUUCAAUAUUCACUACGCUCAUUUGUUGAACACCCCUUUGGAAUAUCGCACAAACACACACACACACACACAUCGACACGAUGCAGAUUACCGAAACCCUACUCGCUGCACGCAGCAAUAUCGCCGCUCGCUCCCCCAUGGAUAGCGAGCCUCAGAGCGAGAACACAAUGACGCUUAUGAUUGUGCUCUUUGCUCUCUUCUUCAUGGGUAUUCUCAUGGCUGCUGUGCUGCUCCUGCUUCGACGCAUCAGGCUCCAACAACAGAUGCGUGCAGAGGGCUUGCCACAGUACCAUCAGGUUGCCGGCAAGCGCGACCCGAAUCACCGCCGUCUUACCAUCCAGACAACUCCCGUCGGUGACGGUCGCCACAGCGUUCUUGUCUUCCGUGACGGCCAGCCUAUGCUUGCAAACCCUCAGUCGCCGCCCCACUCGCCUGACAACGUCCCUCAGAUUCACAUUACCUUCCCUGACGAGCAUGACGAGUCCGGCAGGCCCAGGAGUGGCCGCGUUAUGCUUGUCCGGGUUGGUGAGAACGCUGUCGGCAUGGAGCCUCUGCAGGAUGACGAGCAGCUCCCUGCUUACCAGAAGGAGAACCCAUCACAAUUUUACUCGAUCGACAUUGAAAAGAUCGGAGGGUUGAAGGAGAAGGACCAAACUUUCCGCUAAAGUUGGGGGCCACCCAUAUAUUGCGCCCGACUUUUGAAGGCCGCUGUCGUCUUAAUAUACCUUACGACUUCGCGGAAGAUCUACGCAGAAUAUAGUUUGCGGCCCACUCUUACUCAAUGUUAAUUCAACCCUAAUAACUCGACCAAUAUCCUGGGCCGCCGCUUCGGUGCGCGCUGGCCCACGCGUUGGGUAUCCUGGAUGUCCAGCAUCUUCACACCAGGCAACAGGUAUAUACAGACCUAAUUGUCCCAUCGAUUGGCUGCGGGUCGAGGGGAUAGCUGGAUCAUUUUGAAUCACGUCCAGUUUGGAGGUCGAUAGCGCAGUUGAAGAAGUCUAGAACUAGUGGCAUUCUUCCCUGUAGAUUCUAAUAUUGUAUAAUUACGACUCGUUGCAAGACAAGCACGCGCCGAAAUAUAUCACUAGCGCCAA